AUGUCACAAGAAUUACAACAAUCUGCUAUUGAUAUCACCUCAAAUGCUUUAGAAAAGUACAAUAUUGAAAAAGAUAUUGCGAGCUUCAUAAAAAAGGAGUUCGAUAGAGUUCAUGGCGCAACUUGGCACGUCGUCGUUGGUAAAUCAUUUGGAUCAUUCGUUACGCACGAAACUAAUCAUUUUAUAUAUUUCUACAUGGGAACCUCAAUGGCUUUCUUAAUCUUCAAAUCGGGUUGA